AUGCAGUUCAGCUUCAAAGUCAAUGGAGAUAGUUCCCUAGGACUUGAGUUGCAAUUGACUAAAACUGAGAGAACAUCUCACCAACUUCAUGUUGCUGUGGCCAUUGCUUCUGCUCCUAGUUUAAAUUUUCUGAUCCUUCUAGUGAAUCUCUUACUCUAUUUUCUUACAGCUCCCACAGGCAUCCUGUCAGAUUGGCUAAGCCUCGACAUGCCAAGGUAUGCCUAUGAAGGAGAUGAGGUGGUUGUGAGAUGCUCUGGGGAGAACAAUACCUUUUUCAAGAAGCUAAUAUACUACAAAGACGGACUACAGAUAGCCGUUUAUAAAAGUGUCUUGAGUUACACCAUUUUACAUGCAACAAUCAGUGACAGCGGUUCCUAUUAUUGUAAGAUACACAAAAAUCAUCGCUGGUUUAUAGAGGUGACUGAUGAAUCAAGAAGUGAACAGCUGACAGUUCAAGAGUUGUUUCGAACCCCUCUUCUGACAAUCAGUUCCUCCCAACCCACUGAGGGAACUUCAGUGACCCUGUCCUGUAACACCAGACUCCCUUCAGAAAGGUCAUGGAUAAGUCUUGACUACUUGUUCUUCUGGAAUGGUUAUACCCUUCAAUCUGACUGGAGAUCAUCAUUGCAGAUCUCAGCAAUAAGGAAAGAAGACUCAGGAGAUUACUGGUGUGAGGCAAGGACCAAAUCUCACACUGUCUCAAAGAACAGCUCUCGGUCCCAUAUUGCUGUACAGAGGAUCCCAGUGUCCGGUGUACUCCUGGAGACUCAGUCCCGGAGAGCUCAGGCAUUUAAAGGAAAGACAUUGGUCCUAGUCUGCUCUGUGGUUAAUGGCACAGGGAACAUCACAUUCUCCUGGUACAGAGAGGACACAAACGAGAGUCUGAGGAGGAAAAGUGGGAGUUUCCAGAGAGCAGAGCUGGAAACCUCUGUAAUCAAUGAGACCAAUGCAAGGAACUACUAUUGUACAGCUGACAAUGGCUACGGCCAUGUCCAGAGUGCAACCUUGAAUAUCAUAGUGAGAAUUCCAGUGUCUCAGCCUGUCUUCACCCACAGUGCUCCCAGAAACCAGGCCUUCUCUGGGGAUAUGUUAGAGCUUCUCUGCGAAGAUAACAGAGCAUCUCCCCCAAUUCUGUACUGGUUUUAUCGUGAAAAUAUUGUACUGGGAAAUAUCUCAAUGCCAUUUGGAGGAGCAGCAUCCUUCAGCCUCUCUUUGACUAGAGAACAUUCUGGGAACUACUACUGUGAAGCAGACAAUGGCCUGGGGCCCCAACGCAGUGAAGCGGUUCCACUCAAAGUCACAGAGACCCCAUCCAAAGUCCGUUUGAUGUAUGGUUCACACCGCUGUGAAGGACGAGUGGAAGUGGAGCAGGAAGGUCACUGGGGCACUGUGUGUGAUGAUGGCUGGGACAUGAAGGAUGUGGCUGUGGUGUGCCGGGAGCUGGGCUGUGGAGCAGCUAAGCACACACCUGCAGGUAUAAUAUACCUACCAGAGGCAGAAAAGAGCCAACCAGUGUUUAUUCAGGUAGCCCUGUGCAAUGGAACAGAAGAGGCUCUGGCUGAAUGUGCACAGGUUGAGAUCUUUGACUGUGAACAUGAUGAAGAUGCAGGGGCAGUGUGUGAAAAUAAGUAA